AUGGUGGGGAGCAAGAAUGAUAAUUUACAUGUUAAUAAAAGUGGUGGAAUAAACAAAGGAGCCAAAUCUGGAAAUCAUAUUACUAAAGAAAAAGGAUUAACUAGUAAUGCAAAUACGAGUGGGAAUAAUAAAAGUACAAAAGGAAAUAAUAGCAAACAUAGGAAUAUAGGAAAAUCUGUAGCAUCAUCAUCAAAAUUUAAUGAUACAUAUGCUCUAUUAUUUCCAAAUGCUUUACCAGUAAAACAAGUAUUAUGGGGGCUUUAUCCCUUAAAUAAAGUGUGGAGGCAAUGCUCUAUUGUUUAUGCUAGACCCAAAAAUAAAACUUUAAAUGAUAUAAAUUUAAUUUUCCCAUUAAAUGUAAACAAAAAUGAUAUAUUAAAUAAAAUAAGUAACGAAAAUACAAACAACAAUAUAAUGAAAGAAAGUGAUUAUGAUUAUUAUGUACAUUGGGAAAAAUUUGAUAGACGAUUAGAUUGCUGGAUUUCUCAUGAAAAUCUACGAUUGUUAAAUAAUGAACCAAAUGAUGAAUAUCCAAUAAUAAAAAAUACAGAAGAUAGCUAUGAUUCUGAUCAUGAACAUGCUGGAAUAGAUAAAGAAUAUUUAAGAGAGCAUGAAGAAAAUACAAAACUUAAAACUAUAAAUCAAAUAAAAUUUGGAAAAUAUUUAAUCGAUACAUGGUAUUUUUCUCCUUAUCCAAAAGAAUAUCAAAAUAUUGAUAUUUUAUAUAUAUGUGAAUUUUGUUUAUCAUUUUUUAAAGAAAAUGUUGAAUUAAUUAGACAUACAGGAAUAUGUGAAAUAAGACACCCUCCUGGAAAUGAAAUUUAUCGAAAUGAAAAAAUAUCAAUUUUUGAAAUUGAUGGAAAUUAUUUUCGAAUUUAUUGUGAAAAUUUAUGUUUUUUAUCAAAACUUUUCCUUGACCAUAAAACAUUAAAACAUAGAGUUAACUUAUUUCUGUUUUAUGUUAUAACUGAAUUUGAUGAAUAUGGAUAUCACAUAACUGGAUAUUUUUCAAAAGAAAAAUAUUCAAAAAAUAAUGUCUCAUGUAUAUUAACAUUACCUCAACAUCAAAAAAAAGGGUAUGGAAAAUUUCUUAUUAAUUUUAGUUAUUUUUUAUCACAAACUGAAAAAAGAAUAGGAACUCCAGAAAGACCUCUUUCAGAUUUAGGCGCAGCAUCCUAUAUGGCUUAUUGGUAUGAAACAUUGCUAAAAGUUUUGAUAAAUUAUGAAAAAUUAUCUAUUCAAGAAUUGUCUGAAAUUACAAGUAUCGAAACUUAUGAUAUUGUUGCAUGCUUAGAAGAAAAGGAAAUUAUUAAAAGUAUGGCAAAUGGUGAAACAGUUUAUUAUAUAAACCCAAAACACAUGAAAUUCAUCCUCGAAAAAUUGAAGCAUAAAAAUUCUGACUUGUGCAGGAAUAAAUUGCAUUGGGUAUCCUAUGAUUACUAUUUGGCUUUAUAUGAGUAG